UGUCAGGAACACGUCAGGAACACGUCAGGAACAUGUCUGAACUUCAGUUCCUGUCUUGAAACAGUUUGACUGAAAUUUUAAUCUGUUGUUCAGUAAAAACGUGACAGUUUGAAACUGUGUGUUUUCACAUCAUCAUCGUCUCUUAUCUUUGUGACUCAGUGAUGAAAAGUGUUUGUUCUUCUCUUCAUUAAAGAAAAGAAGAAUAAAGUGAUGAUGAUCUUCUCCGUCCGUCCUCCGUCCGUCCGUCCUCCGUCCGUCCCCCGUCCGUCUUCACACUGUAAAUAGAAUCCCUUUAAAAGGUUUUGAUCAGCAGCAGCAGUUGCUGAGCCUCAGGAGAACCAGCGUUUUACCAAACACGCUGACCAUGUAAGGGGAAGUGUGCGAGGCUGGGGGGGCCCCUGAGGACCCCCCCUCAUCCAGACCAUCAUCACCGUCCCUGUGGUCGAGCCCCGACAGCUGCUCUAUUUAAAUCUCUGCUCGCUGCACCACCAGCUUCACAGAGACGAAGAGGAGCAGCGAUGGCGAGUAGAAAGACGAAGAAGAAGGAAGGAGGAGCCAAGCGGGCUCAGAGGGCCUCGUCCAACGUUUUCUCCAUGUUCGAACAAACUCAGAUCCAAGAGUUUAAAGAGGCGUUCACACUGAUCGAUCAGAACCGAGACGGGUUCAUCGAUAAAGAGGAUCUGAAGGACACGUAUGCGUCUCUGGGUAAACUCAACGUGAAGGACAAGGAGCUGGAGGACAUGUUGAGAGAAGCCACUGGUCCCAUCAACUUCACCAUGUUCCUCAACCUGUUCGGAGAAAAGCUGCACGGCACAGACCCUGAGGACACCAUCUUAAACGCUUUCAAAAUGUUUGAUCCUGACGUCCAAGGCUUCGUUCACAAAGACGAAUUACAGAAUCUGCUGAUGACACAGGCCGACAGGUUUUCAUCUGAGGAGGUGAAGCAGAUGUUUCAGUCGUCAAAUAUCGACGCAGCAGGAAACCUGGAUUACAAAUCUCUGUGUUACAUCAUCACACACGGCGAGGAGCAGGAGGAGUGA